CCAAGCCAAUUCAAACCAGUCCAACUUUUGGUCUACAUGUGCAAAAUUUUGCCGGAUUCUCCGAUUCUUUUUGCAAUUUACACAAUAAUUUUGCUAAUUAAUUACAGUAAUUACUAGUGGAAAUUUGACAUUGAAUACAGAUAAAGUAGUUUCUUAAUUCUGUACUGGCAAGCUUGGGGAAUUAUACAAUUUUUAAGUGUCAUAAUCUAAUAAAAUUUCCCAAUCAGCUCUUCACAUUUAUAAAACCCAUCCUAUCAAAUAUUGUAGUUAAUACGUAAACAUACGCAGUCGGUCGGUUUCAGCAUGGCGACUUUGGUUCGCGACCUCUUGACCAAGGGCCUGCUGGCUAGUCACCGAUGCCCAUGGUUGAGGACUACCAACCUUCAACUUCGUCCCUUCUCAAUCCUCACGACACACAAAAUGAGCGAAGACCGAAUCGAAAUGUUUGUCGAACCACAAAUUCAAGCCAUUCUCAAGCAAGUUACAGGAAAAAAUUACCAGCGUGUUUUCCGGAAGAGGAAAAUUGGUCAAAAGAUAAGAGAACCAAAGUACACUUUUAUGACACGAGAACAACUGGAACAAAGUUUGGAGGAUGCGGAUCAACGUGCCGACAAGUUGUUGCAAAUGCCUCCAGUUUUGAGAGCAAGAAAACCAAUUGAAAAGGAACUUUCAUUCGACCCUCAGAUUCAAGGAGUGGAAAAGUCUACCAUCAUCUUUACCGAUAUCACAAUGAAUAUUUCUGAUCGGGAUCGUCUCAUUGUUGCAAGGGAUCCGGAUGGAACUCUACGCCAUGCAAGUUGGGAAGAGAGAGAUAAAGUGAAUUCAAUCUACUAUCCGAGGGAAGGGAAAGAAUUUUACACACCAAAGAUGUUCACAGACCCAGAUCUAUUAAGGAGUGUUUUAGAUCGAGCUUCAGAACAGGACAACACCUACGAAUUUGUUUUGGACAGAGCAUGCCUUCAAUUUGAACCCGAUGACGCCUCCUUUAUUUCCAUCUGUGAGAAGACCUAUCAAACCAUUGACAGGCAGCAACAUUACGAUUUUCUCAAGUCUACAAGACAUUUUGGACCCAUGGUCUUUUAUCUGACUAGAACGAGACAAAUGGACAACCUUUUGUUGUACAGCAUAAAACAUGAAAGAGUUUCGAGCGAUGCAACAUUAUUAAUUUCCUUAUUCCAUCUACUCUUCCCGGACAGCAAGUCUAAUACAGUGGCUCAAAAGUUAACCAACGAUGUCGACAAGGUCAGAGCAUACAUCGAGUUGGACGCUGUUAAACGAAGCGAAUUAGAACUUCAACUUAAUGCCUAUGAAGAAAUUAUCAAGAGGCGGAACGAGUUGACGGAAGAACUAGAAAAAUCGCAUGGGAUCGAGCAGAAAAAUUAACUAGAUGCAGGGGUACAGGAAGUUAGCGAAUGGCGAACGUACCAUAACGUAUGUGGGUGAAAUUGAAGAAAAAUAUUGCCUAAAUUGUAAAAUAUGAACGAAGUCCAAAGUUUGGUUUGUAAUACCAAGAUGGGAGUCGCGACAGCAUAUUUGCGGUUCAAUUUUCUGGAAUGCUUAUUUGAUGUAUUUGAUGCCCAAUUUGCUGUCCAAUUUCAAAUUUCUGGUUGGAUGAGUUAUUUUAUAUUCUGAAUGAUAUUGAUAAUAACUUUGUAAGGGCGUAAUGGUGAUGUCGGACACUUAUCCGUUUUCGCAACCUACUAACAGCGGGGGUUUUCUAUACUCUCAAGCCAACUUUUAUUACUAUUCUGUGGUUUGAAUAAAAUAAUUUGUUAACUCCUAAUUUCCUCGAAAUUUCUACUCCUCCUACAGAGCUUCAAUUGUUCUCUGGGUGCAUUUUCAGUUUCGAAGAAGAUUAAUGUUUGUUCCUGAUUGUUACAAAGUUUCAGGACUACCUACUAUACUACUUCACAAAAGUUAGUCAACAUUUUCCAAAUUUAUUCAAGCUCAAAUUACGAAAGCAAUAAAGAAUUAAGAAAGUUUUUACACGA